AUGGCCUCGUGGGAGGAUGAAGCCGAUCAGCCAAUGCAGGGAUUAAACGACGGUCUUUCUAAGUUAAACGUAAAUGCACCGGUUUUUGUUCCUGGCCAGCGGUAUGAUUUCACAGCUGUAGAGACAUCUGCAGAGUGGCUCAACCCCCCACCUCCCGUUUCAGAUGUUAACACCGAUUACGUGCCACCUGUAGGUGACACUCAGCAGUCUGUUGAAGGUACGGUCAGAUUGCUUCGUUUUAAAAAAAAUUUAGUGAAAGAUGAAAUUGAGGAGCCUUCUUCAGAUCUUCCAGAGCCUAAACAGCACCCUACGACCUAUGUUCCUCCUAAAGACAGGAAAGAAGCGCUGAGCGUUGUCUUCAUUGGACAUGUCGAUGCGGGCAAGUCUACUAUCGGUGGUCAUCUGCUCCAUCUGACGGGCAUGGUUGAUUCGAGGACCCUUGAAAAGUAUGCAAAGGAGGCGAAAGAGAAGAAUCGGGAGACCUGGUAUCUCUCUUGGGCUCUAGAUACUAGCAUGGAGGAACGCAACAAAGGCAUAACUGUGGAAUGUGGUCGAGCCUUUUUUGAGACCGAGCACAAGCACUUCAUAUUGGUCGACGCUCCUGGACAUAAAUCAUUUGUCCCCAAUAUGAUCAGUGGCGCAUCGAUUGCUGAUAUUGCUGUGUUAGUUAUUUCUGCCCGUCGUGGUGAAUUUGAAACCGGUUUUGAGCGCGGUGGACAGACGCGAGAGCACGCUAUGCUAGUAAAGACUACUGGCGUGAAACAUAUGAUUGUCCUUAUCAAUAAGAUGGAUGAUUCGACUGUGAAUUGGGAAGAGGCUCGAUUCAAUGAGUGCCGUGAUAAGCUGAUUCCCUUCCUCAAGAAACUCGGUUUCAAUGUAAAGUCGGACAUCACCUUCAUUCCUUGUUCUGGAUUCACGGGCGCCUUCCUGCGUGACCGACCUCCUGCGGAUCUCUGCUCCUGGUAUAAUGGUCCCACAUUCCUUGAAUACCUCGACCAGCUUCCACCUCUCACCAGGUGCACUGAUGGUCCCCUCCGAAUUCCCAUUUCUGAUCGUUUUAAGGAUAUGGGUACUUUUGUCAUGGGAAAAAUAGAAUCCGGGUCGCUCAUUCGCGGUCAAGUUCUCACCAUGAUGCCAAAUAAGGUUUCCGUGGAGGUCCUCCAGGUACCAAUCGAGUUAAUCUUCAUGGAUUUUGCCGAGACUCAAAUUCUUAACGAUGAUGUGGAUGUUGAAGGCAGCUCAGCCGGUGACAACGUUAAACUGAAAUUAAAAAAUGUGGAGGAAGAGGAUGUGUCGCCUGGAUUUGUUCUUUGUUCUCCUGAUAACCUCUGUCACGUGGCAAGCGUGUUCGACGUGCAGUUGGUUAUAUUCGAUUACAAGUCGAUCAUUUGUCCCGGUUUCACGGCUGUGAUGCACAUCCACGCAUGCGUCCAGGAGGUGCGCUUUCGAACAAUCAUCUGCCGCAUCGACAGAAAGACCAACCAGAAGACCGACAUACGACCUCGAUUCAUCAAGCAGGACGACGUCGCUAUCGUGCGCUUCGAGACCUUGGGCGGCGCAAUUUGUAUAGAAUGCUUCAAGGACUACGCCCAGAUGGGGCGGUUCAUGCUGCGCGACGAAGGCAAGACGAUUGGUGUGGGUAAAGUGCUCAAAAUAGUCUCCGCAAGUGACCAGUGA